AGUAAAUAUAGGGAGAGUUUGGAUUAAGAUUGUGAUUAAGAAUUUGUAUCCUAUCUAUCUGUGUGGUAGCAGAGACUGCCAAAGCUUCUUAUAUGGCUCUCUUCUCUAUCCUCAUUUUAACUGCAAAAUCUUCUCUACUCCUUCCAUUACACUUUCAAACCCUUCAACACACUCACCUCAAAUGGCCUCACCAACACUCCAACCACAAAAAAAAUUAGCAGAGUUUCUCAAUGACGAACAAGAACCUUUCAUCUUACAACUUUACCUUUCAGAAAGAGACUAUUCCAACCGGUGGAGCUCCAAUGGUGAAGAUUCAACCAACACUUCUACCUUAAACAGAAAGAAGAAGGGUCUUCUCCCUUUUUUCUAUCUCCUAAAAGCCCUAUAUAAGAAGCUCUCUUUCCCCAAAGAAACCAAAACUGUUCUAACCAAAGUUCAUGAGUGUGACCAGAGAAACAAACAUGAAGGGCUCGAUCACAUUCUUCAGUUUUCAUCAGAUACCAGAUUUACUAUGUUCAGUUCAUGCCAAGAUAUUGAUGAAGAAGGAACCUCCGUGUUCUCACAUAAACAGCAGCACUUGUUUUAUUCCCACACUUUAUACAACAUGGCACCGCAGCAGAGAAACAGAAGGCAGCGGCAGAGAUUGAUAGAAGGUGGUGAUGAGUUGCUGAGAAAGAUUCAUGUACCAAGAGCUCCAAAUGUGAUUGAGGAUAUGAGGAGAAUGCAACAGAGAAUACAAAGUGGUGGUGGUGAUAUUGUGGCGAAGAAAAUCAGAGGGGAGUCGUUGUUAUCAGCAGCUGGUGGGUGGGGUGGUAGAGUUGAGGAGACAAAGAAGAGAGGGAAGUGUGGAAGUACUAGGGUUGUUGUUCGUGGGACUAAUGAUGUUUCUCAGAUGUUGAAAUCUAAAAGGGUGUUGCAUAGGAUAAAGAAGAUGCUGUUUGAUUGUGUGAAAGAUAUUGCCAUAACGCUUCCAACGGAAGAGGACACAAAGAGAGGUUACAGACAAUUUAUGGGACCUCUACAGAUUGGAAAGCUCCUUCGUCAGAGAACAAACAAAUGGGACCAACAAGCUGUAGCUCUAGGUGGACCAAACAUUACUUACUUAUUGACUUUGGAUUACAUGAAUUCAAUCGUGGAGUGGAAAAAGUUCGAACCCCAUGUCAAGGACAUCACCAUUGAGAUCACCGAUGCAAUUUUAGAUAGCAUCUUCAAUGAAAUUGUAAUAGAAAUUACUGGAACUUCCACACUAAAUACGUGAUAUUUCUUCAAAUGUCUUGCACCCUGACACAUUCAA